AUGUGGCGGCACCGCAGGAAAGAGGCUGCAAGAAGAGCACGCGAGCUCGCCGCACUGCGAGAAUAUGGCUGCAUGCGACAGGUGGGCGUGGAGAGAUGGCUGGAAGAGCAGCGGAGCGAUACCGCUGUCUGCAGCCGAAGCAGCAACAACAACAAUAAUGUCCAUGAUUUUGGACGGUACGCGCAAGAACCGUGCGGCCUUGGCUGCUCUCAUCAGUGA